GAUUAAACUAUCAGUGUUCUGAAAACUAUUAUAUGUAAGUGUAGGAACUUUGAAGUACCAGCUAUAAAUACUAAUACAAAAUCGUUAUGCAAGUUGUUACUUUAUUAUUAAAAUGUUUUUAUUAAAACUAGCACUGAUUGCAUUAGCGUCAGCUUGCGUAUCAUCUAGUGUACAGGAUGAUGAUCUGACCCUCACACUGUUUUACGAAGGUUUGUGCCCUGGCUGUCAUGAUUUUAUUCAGCUGCAGUUAUAUCCUGCUUAUCCAAAAUUGGCAGAGCGGUUAAAAUUGGACCUAGUACCCCAUGGAAAAAUGAAUUCUUCGCGUGAUGCUGAUGGAAAGGUAAAAUUUUCUUGUCAGCACGGAAUUGAGGAAUGUGUUAUUAACAGGGUCCAUGCGUGUGUUCUUGAUCAAAAGCUACCCUCAUUAGAGUUUGUUAACUUUAUAUAUCAUCAUUUACCUGACGACUCCGAUGAUCUCGAUGAGAUAGAAGUGUUAGAAUUGGCCAAAAAAUAUUUACCAAGUAGCGUUUCCUGGGACAAGGUUUAUGGUUGUUAUAAAGGCGAUCGUGGAACUGAAAUCUUAUUAUCAUAUGAAGACAGACAAUCAAAGCUUAAUCCUCCAUUACCGUGGAUACCAAAUAUAAGAUUUAAUGGUGUUUAUGAUAGAAACCUAGAAACACAGGCGAAUGAAGACCUUAUAUCUACCGUUUGUGGGUUACUUAAGGAUAAUAAACCAGAAGUUUGUGGAGAAACUAAUCCCAAAUAGUUAAAAAUAAUAGUUCCAAAAUGUUUAAAUGUUAAAUCAAAUAUUUGGUAUUAAAAAAUUAUUUUUUCAA